CCGAUCGCGACGCUCGCCCGGGAAGUCGAUGCGGCCACCCGGGCGCAGGCCGUCUGGGUGUCGCCCGCGUGGGGGCACCAACGGCUCCGACUAGUAAGCUCCGACGCUGCGCGCCCUCGCCUGCCUGACUGACUGACCGCGCACACCUGUCUGCGUCUGCCGCGUCCCCCAGCUACCUCUGCUUUCGCAGCAAAACUUUGCGCACCGCCGUCUACACCGCCUCCUUCACGAUCCUCGACAUGGCUUCCCUCGCGCCCGCGGCGGCGGCGGCGGCGGACAACCAGACGACGACGGCGCGUGCGCUGUACACGCCCUACCUCACGCUCGUCCUCCCGAACACCACGCUCGUCUCCGCGCUCGCGCCGCAGCCGCGCACGAGCGCGCUGAGCCCAACCGCCACGCCCGUGAGCGCCGACGAUGAGAGCGCGUACCGCCGCGCACACGAGCCGCACGGUGCCAGCAGCAGCAGCGGCGCGGCGGGCGGACGACAUGCCGUCGUCGACUUUGAGCGGCUCAAGUUCCGGCUCGUGUUCAUCCUCUGGCCGGCCGUGGUUGGGCUCACCAUGGCCAUGUAGAUAAUCCCUUGUCCCGGACCGUCUGAGACUGGCCUAUGUUUUUUUGGACAAGUUUGGACACACUACUGUAUCCGUAGAUUUGUAUAGCAUAUUGUUGCGUUUCAGUUUUCACCCCCGGAACGGAUCGACGAUAUCGAUCGUCCCCCCGCCACGACGGGGGUACUAUGAUGGCACCCUGGUUUAUAAAAUUUGAGCAAAUCUGCUUCUUGUAAAUUACCACAACUACUCUUCGUGGGCUGUAU